UUCACAGCUGAGUGCGCUUGGCCCAUGCCCCAUACAGUAGGUUAUAUAGUCCAGAGUGUUUACUUAAUGUUUAACAUACUUAAUACGGACAUAGCAUGUAGACAGAAAAACAGAGUAAUGAAUGAUUUAUCAAAAGUUGAAAUGAUAAAACUGAUAUUAAAAAUGAUGAAACGCUGUAUGUACUACCUAUUUUUUAUUGCAACAGGAUUAAUCAUCGGCAAUUUGAUAAUAAUGACCUUAUUUCCAGAUAAGGUGCAAUAUGGGAAUUUUCAGAGUGCUUUCUUCAAAUAUGCGAGGAAUUAUCCAAUGAACAAUAAAUCGAUUGAAAGCCAAUGGAAAUAUCUCGAAAAGAGAGACGGCAUCAGCGACGAAUCAGUUGUAGAUCAUGAUACUAUAGAUGUGAAUCUUAACCCUGCAGCUGUGAUUAAUGAUACAGAUGAGCUGAAUGAAACAGAUGUAAAGAGGGAUGGAAAAUCAAAGAAAACAAAAAAGAAAACAGAUGUGAUCAAAAUAUUAGAAUGGACAAAGUGCUUUGGUCAUAGUUGCUUUCCUAAUGAGGCUUUCAAAAACUGCGGUGUCCACCAGUGUGAGGCGAUCACUGAUCGCUCCAAAUUAAAACAAGCUCAAGUAGUAUUGUUUCACACGUGCAAAUUGAGCGACCUGGUCGAAGCGGGAGACCCCCCAAAGUACAGGUCUCCCAGCCAAAGAUGGAUUUUCAGAUGUAUGGAGGCGCCUUCUUUAAAAUGGUUUAAACACCAGACACUGAAGGACGCGUUUAAUUUCACCAUGACAACGAGAUUGGACUCUGAUUUCCAUGUCUAUCAUGGUAUUUACACGAGAAAUCCUGAUCCCCCUAAAGUUCUGCCAGAUUAUGCAAAGGGAAAAAGCAAGUUGGCUGCUUGGAUUGUAUCGCAUUGUAGGACACAUAGCAGACGAGAGGUCUAUGUUAAGAGAUUGCAAGAACAUGUUCCAAUAGACAUAUAUGGUAAAUGCGGAACAAAGAAGUGUCCUAAUCCUGAAAAUCAGUAUGCAUGUCUGAAUUAUGUAGGUGCAACCUACAAGUUCUACAUAGCGUUUGAGAACUCUGACUGUAGAGAUUACGUCACAGAGAAGGUUUGGAGGAAUGCUAUUUUGAAAAACGCAGUCCCAAUAGUACGUGGAGUCUAUAACAACUUUAAGGCAAUACUUCCACCAGGCUCCUACAUUCACACUAACGAUUUUAAAAAUCCCAAAGCACUGGCCAAAUACCUCAAAUACUUGGACAAGAACAAUACUGCGUAUAAUGAAUAUUUCUCGUGGAAGUUGACAUACAUGCACGACAGGACACGGAACAAGGAGUGCGAAUUAUGUAAAACGUUACAUGAAACUAAAGGACAGGUUAAAACGUAUAAAAAUAUUUGGAAUGAUUUUUAUUCAUUUAAAAAUAAUUGUUAUAAUUAUAGUAACAUUGCAGUAAAAGACUUUGACAAAUAGGAGUAAAUAGGAGAAAUGGGUUAAAAUGCGAUAAAAGUUUAAAUCAAUGAUUACAGUACAUCAUGUUAUUUUUCCAAGAGCAAAAAUCAUGCUUUACAUUUUUGCGCAAUAAGAACUGAAGAAUGGAAGUUCUAAUCUGAAUUGGUCCCGGGUAAUUUACUCGAAGGAAUACAUAUUUGUUAUGACAAAUGGCUUAGUUAUGACAUGGACUUUCAACUAGAAGCCCAUGGUUAUGAUCAGAAACUACUUAUAUCAUAAAUAUGACUGUUUUAUUUAAAUCAUUUGCCACACCACGCGUGGUACUUGAGACCGGUGUGAAAGAAAUUAUGGUC